CUUAAAAGAUAGUCUGCUAAUGUUUGAAAGAACAUCGAGGUAUUCUUCUGCCUUUACGCACAUCACUGGAACAAUGCUCCACAAUGCAAUUCAUCCCACUCCCGGCUCCUAGGAUUCUUCCAGUGCUUACCAUCGAUUUGGAGAGCAUUGCAAUGCCUCCGUCGUUAUGGGGAUACGAAGAACGUAUUUCCACACCUCGUGAAUUUUGGCAAAUACAUGUUCGGAGUCUUGUAUUACGCCACGUUGAGCAUGUACCGGAUCGAGAGGAUGACGCGGUUCCAGGCUCCCUUUGUCACUUUUGCUUUGCUCAACGCCGUCUAUACCUCGGUUUGGGACUUGAUCAUGGACUGGAGUUUGGGGAAUCCUUAUGCCAAACAUCCACUAUUACGCGAAGUUUUGGCAUUCCGAAAGGUUUGGGUCUACUACGCCGCGAUGGUCGCCGAUGUCAUCAUACGUUUCAACUGGAUUUACUAUGCUAUUUUUGCCAGGGAUAUGCAACACUCAGCUUUACUGAGUUUUAUGGUCGCCCUGUCUGAGAUCUUUCGAAGGGGCGUCUGGACGAUAUUCCGUGUGGAAAAUGAACACUGUACCAACGUGCUUCUUUUCCGAGCAUCAAGGGAUGUUCCUUUGCCUUAUGAAGUGGCUUCUCCCGAGGUCGAAGUGGACCGUCCAGGAGAGGAUGUGCAGCUUCAGGAUCAACACGCCACCACACCUCUGUCCGCUCCUGCAGACAUUGAACAGGGAACGCCAAUUACACCAGGGCUGACUACUCGUCCGCGCGGCCUUUCUCACGUGGGUUCGCUUAUGGCGGCUGCUCACGCUCAAGACUUCGAGCGGAGGAAGCGUCCAGAUCAACUGACUGGGGCUUCUGCAACCCAUGGCCCGACAACAACCGACGACACAAGCGACGACGAGGAAGAUGAUCCGGUUGACCCUAGACAAGAUACCGACACAGAUGAAGCUGUGUCAGAACGCUUGUCAGAUGCAAACGCUUCAAGAACACCCAAGUAAUGGACUAUUGGGAGAGUUCCUGGGGAAUAUGAACCAAUUUCUUGCACAUAUUUGGCGUCUUAACGGUAGCAUUUUGACCAAUGACUCCCUGAUUUGUUUAUGUCAUGAUUUACGAAUAUAGAAGAUAGAUAAUACAAUCACUGAUAAUACGGG